UCUGUGUAGAUGUGUCACAGACUAUGUGAUUUUAAUAAGUGGCGGCCUCCUGGUCGCUGUAAAUGUUGCUUUCAUCGAGAAAUGUUGGACACCUGCGUGGACAUGACUUCAUACAGCAGCGUCAUGGAUCACUGUGACAAUAUUGAUGUCUUCUUGAUGUAUUGCUCUGCAGAGACCAUCCUUGUAGAUUUAUGAUCGCAUGUGUUGUUUCGAGGUGGGGGUGAAUGUCGCUGCAGACUAAACAUUGUCUUUAUAGGUGAAGAUGUCCCCCUGUGUCCUGCUCACUGCCCUUUUAGCCAUUCCUUUUGCUGUGGGUUGGGAUGUACCAAGUGAGUCAAAUUUCAUCAUGUCCUUGGCCUACAAAACAUAUUCAAUGAUGAGGUUGCUGACUCUCUUUUCCACACCUGCAGGUGAAAGAGAGGAAGCCCAGAUGGUGUGUGCUGGUAGAGAAUUUCGUCUUCCUGUUUACUCGACAUCCAGAACGGUGACUUUUACUCCAGACCCUGAGGGGCAGAGGGGUGUACUGCUCGACAAAACAAUUGUUAAGGACCCACGGUUUGAGUGGACCAGAGAUAAGAUGCUAGUCCUGAGAGAAGUGACUUAUGAGGAUCAGGGACUUUACUCCAUCAAACUGUCCUCCGGUUUCACUUAUGAAGCUGUUCGUCUAACUGUUUCAGAAUGCAUUAAGUCCCAUCACAGAUUCUAUGGGCAGAGCUUUGAGCACCAUAUCCCUGAAAAUGGCUCCCUUCUGGAGUUUACUCCCUGGGGUGCCCCACCUGAGGCCAUGCCAGUUGUGCUGUGGAACCGGACGGACCCUGAGACCAGCGAUGCAGGCCGGGGGCGGCUGCUACGGGCCGGGAAGGUGUGGGUAGCAGAGAGAGUUACACAAGCAGACCAGGGGAACUACACUGUGAGAGACGACAGGGGGAAGGUGGUGUCCCGAAGCACCCUGACUGUCCGCGGACGCUCCCUUAAUGUCACCCGCUUCUCCAAGGAGUCUCUAAACCUGCCCCUCUUUCUUCCCGUCCCUCAUGCACGCCUCAUUUUUACCCCCACCCGAUACCCUGACGAAUCCUCUCUGGGCCCUUAUGACCCCAAGCCCCACCGUGGCCCUGUGCAGCUGAUCCGCGAGGGCCACAUCACAGACCACGACAUGCGCUACAGGGGCCUCAUCUCUCUGGGCAGGAACGGCACCCUCAAUGAGGUCGUCAUAAUGAGACUGACUUCAAGGCAUGAUGGGAUUUACGAGAUCAGAGAUGUGGAUGGGAACCUGGUUUCUUCCACCUGGUUGCAGGUGAUCGAAAAGGGAGGCAGAUGGCGAACAUUUUUCAAGUCCAUCACUGUCCCUUCUGGCAUGUUUGUGUCACUGGCUGGUUUCCUCCUCUUCAUGAGGCGAUACCCAAACUGCAGCCUGUCGCAGAUCAUUUCUGGCCUCCGAGGAAACCGCACACCACCAGCCAACCCACCGAGGGUCAACAUCCAGGACUACAGCCAGCCGAGCCCUCAGCCCUCGAGCUACUACAGUCACACUCAGCCUCCUGGAACACCGAGAAAGAUGACCCCAAGAGCCAGCCCCUCUCAUACCGGUUACUCUCCAGUUAUGAUGGGAAGUUCAAGAACUGAGAACCAGGAAGCACACAGAUCACCGGCUAGGAGCUCCCCGUGUCAUAAUAUAUCCACUGAGCGGCACACAUCUCAAAAUGACGAGGAGGAGAGAAGGAUUUCUUUUUCAGUGCCUGGGGCUUCGGACUGCCUCCACUCCUCAGACGACUGUGUUCAAUUCCAGAUUAAGGAUGGAGAUAAAAAAAGGUUGAGCCAAUCACAAGGAUACUUCUCCACACUGCCACUAGACACAGAAACCUCUGACUCCUGCAGUGUUUACACUUCGGAGAAACUGAACUUCUUGUAAAUCAGAGAAUUGGAGCUAGAAAAGAUGGAGAAACUACACUGUUGGAUUCUCAGAUGAAGGAUGCAGUUUUGCAAAAGAAAGACUUCAACCGUGCCUUUUGCAUCUUAUUAUAGUUUUAAGGUUUGGUAUCAAUAUUGCAUGCACAUUUUCUUAUGUAAUUUUCUAAAGCACGAGUUGAGCAUUAUCCUUCCUGUCUCAUAUUACACAUUUCUUGACACUGUUGAUGGUGCUUUUGAAAUCUCCUGCUGUAACCUACCUCAGACCCUCAGGACCGGAAAGAUGUGCAAUGUAUUUGCUGAGUGUUGAUAGGAGUAUGUUUGUGGUGUGAUCUCUAAGGCUACCUAGAAAUUACAGAUGUGAUAUAAAAGUUUGCAAAAGGGAAUUCCUAAAUACUGUACAGUAGUAGUGAGUUAGUUGACGUGUUUUUCUUCAUCCAUCAUGUUAACUAUUCCUAACUACAACCACUCCUAACGACUACAACAAUUAAUUAUCAUGUUUAAUGUCUGCUAUGCAGUCCAGUGAUUUUCUGCAAUGAUAAUGUGUAUUUACCCUUAAGGUAACUGUUGUAUUAGUACUAGCUAUAGCCCAUCUAUCUGUAAACCUUGAGUACAACAUAAUAUCUUACUACCAAAUAUUUGUAGUAAAAAAGGUAGGACUGCUGCUUGUCAUAUUUUUUUGGACUAUCAA